AUGUCUGAUCAAGACGUUAUUCCAAAUAAAUACAGUGAAUUGCGAAGUACCUACAAAUACUACAUCGAUAUAUAUCGUGAGUUAUAUCGCAUGAAAACGGAAGAUGAAAAAGAAAUAAACUUAAUUUACAAAAAGAUCAAAACAGAAAUGAUUGAUUCAAAGAUAUUUCACCCCACAAAUAUUAUAAGAGACAUUUCAUAUCUCUUUUUGUAUAAUAAUCGCUAUACAAAGUCAUAUUUAGCUCUUGCCAAACUCAUAUCUGAUGAAUAUCAUGUAAAAGAGGUUCUAAACAUUCAUAGUAAUUUUAACUACCUAUUUUAUAAAGAAUAUGGAAUUAAAUUAAACCAAUUCAAUGAUUUUAAAAAAUUUAAAUCAGAAAAUCUUAAUAUUCAUACAGAAAAUACAAUUUACGGAGCAAUUAUGUAUAAUGACAAAGAAUCAUUCAUUUCGUUCACAGAAAGAGAAGGAUUUAAUCAAAAUCAACAACUAGAAAGUAUAUUUUAUCCAUAUAAAGGAGUACAAUUACUUGAAUUAUGUUGUUACCAUGGUGCAGUUGACUGUUUCAAAUUCCUAAUGACGAAAUUUAAAUCAAAAAUAACUGAUUGUUGCGUAAAUUUUUCAUUUUUAGGAGGAAAUCCAGAAAUCAUGAGUGAAUGUUUGAAAUAUCAGAUACCAUAUUAUGAAACCAUGGAAUAUGCAAUAAUUUCUCACAACAUUGAUUUUCUUACAUUCUUGAUGAAUGAAUACAAUAUAGAAAUAAAUUUACAUUUGUGCGGAAUUUAUAAUAAUUUGGAUGCGUUUUUAGUUUAUUUCGAUCAAACUAAUGAUAUUGACAAAUGUUUUAUUUAUUCAACUAUGUUUGGUAUUCCAUCCAUUUGUGAAUAUUUCCUUUCACAUGGUGCAAAUAUUAAUGCAAAAGAUCAAUAUGGAAUUACCGCUCUUCUUCUUGCAGCAGAAUGUAAUAGAAAAGAAAUAGCUGAAUUUCUGAUUUCUCAUGGAGCAAAUAUCAAUGAAAAAUAUAAAUAUGGAUAUACCGCUCUUCAUAAAACAGCAGAAAAUAAUAAUAAAGAUACAGCCGAACUUCUUAUUUCAUAUGGUGCAAAUAUCAAUGAAAUAGGCAAUGAUGGAAAAACCGCUCUUCAUAAAGCAGCAGAAAAUAAUAGUAAAGAAACAGUCGAAGUUCUUCUUUCACAUGGUGUAAAUAUCAAUGAAAAAGAUAAAUAUGGAUAUACCGCUCUUCAUUAUGCAGCAUAUCAUAAUUAUAAAGAAAUAGCUGAACUUCUUCCUUCACAUGGUGCAAAUGUCAAUGAAAAAGAUAAAGGUGGACAUGCCGCUCUUCAUUGUGCAACAUUGCAUAAUAGUAAAGAUAUAGUUGAACUUCUUCUUUCACAUGGUGCAAAUAUCAAUGAAAUAGGCAAUGAUGGAAAAACCGCUCUUCAUAAAGCAGCAGAAAAUAAUAGUAAAGAAACAGUCGAAGUUCUUCUUUCACAUGGUGCAAAUAUCAAUGAAAAAGAUUGUAUUGGAUAUACCGCUCUUCAUUAUGCAGCAUAUUAUAAUUAUAAAGAAAUAGCUGAACUUCUUCUUUCACAUGGUGCAAAUAUCAAUGAAAAAGAUCAAUAUGGAUAUGCCGCUCUUCAUUGUGCAACAUUGCAUAAUAGUAAAGAUAUAGUUGAACUUCUUCUUUCACAUGGUGCAAAUAUCAAUGAAAAAGGUAACUGUGGAAAAACCGCUCUUUAUAAUGCAGUAUGUUCUAAUGACAAAGAAUUUAUCGAACUUUUUCUUUUACAUGGUGCAAAUAUCAAUGAAAAAGCUGAAGAUGGAAGAACCGCUCUUCAUGAAGCAGCAUAUCAUAAUUAUAAAGAAAUAGCUGAACUUCUUCUUUCACAUGGUGCAAAUAUCAAUGAAAAAGAUAAAUGUGGAUAUACCGCUCUUCAUGUUGCAGCAUUGUGUAAUAAGAAAGAAAUUACCGAACUUCUUCUUUCACAUGGUGUAAAUAUCAAUGAAAAAGAUAAUAAAAGACAAACCCCUCUUCAUAUUGCAGCACGUUAUAAUAGUAAAGAAAUAGCCGAACUUCUUCUUUCACAUGGUGCAAAUAUCAAUGAAAAAGAUUGUACUGGAUUUACCGCUCUUCAUUGUGCAACAUUGAGUAACAGCAAAGAAACAGUAGAAGUUCUUCUUUCACAUGGUGCAAAUAUCAAUGAAAAAGAUGUUUUUGGAAACACAGCUCUUCAUUACGCAGCAUAUUUUUAUAAAAAAGAAAUAGCCCAAAUUCUUAUUUCACAUGGAGCAAGUAUCGAUAAAAAAGAUGAAGUUGGUAAAAACCGCGAUUCAUACUGCAGUAUUCUUUAA